AUGCAAACACCAUUACCAUCAUCUCAAUCAAUAACAGUCAAUUUGGAUUCACCAUAUAAAAUAUCCACGGAACAACUUCAUGUUCUACCAACAAGUAAUAUUUCAAUAUCAUUUCGUUUUUUACGUCCUGGUGAUCAAUCGGAAGUAAAAUCUCUUUGUUGUGAUUGGUUUCCUAUUGAAUAUCCUGAUCUAUGGUAUGAUGAUAUUGUACAUGAUCCAAAAUAUUUUGCUUUAGCUGCAUGUGAAACAAAUACACAACGAAUAAUUGGUUUAGUUGUCGCUGAUAUACUUCCAUUAGGCAGUUGUAAUCGUGAAGAUCAACAAAUUUUACAUAAAUCAUUCUCAUUAACAACACCAGUUUGUUAUAUACUAAUAUUAGGUGUUGAAAAAGAAUAUCGACGGCAAGGUUUAGCCGGUAUUUUAUUACAACAUUUAUUAAAUACAUUACAUGAACGUGCAACAUGCAAAGCUGUUUAUUUACAUGUUUUAUAUUCAAAUAAACAAGCAAUUAAAUUUUAUCAAUCAAAACAAUUUCAAUAUCGUGUACAUUUACCACAUUAUUAUUGUAUAAAAGGUGAUAAUUUCGAUGGUUACUGUUUUGCACUUUAUAUCAAUGGUGGUUAUCCACCAUUUACUCUAGGUGAUUUCGUUUCUAAUUGGUGGAUCUAUUUAAUAGGAACAAAUCCUUGUCGUUUAAUUCAAACUUUAAAAUCUUUUUUAACUACAAAUUCUUUUCGCUUGGCUGUUAAUCAACAAUAUCUACUGGAGACAGAUUUAGUUAAAUUCAGUGAACAAAGUGAAGUAGCACUUCUUCCACCGUUUGGUGGUGACGAACUUUAUAAAAGGGUUGUUGCGCCUUCGUGUGGUGCCGUUUCAUCUUUUAUUGGCAUUACACGAGAUAAUUUUGAAGGACGUCGAGUUUCUCGUCUUUCCUAUGAAGCUUAUGAACCAAUGGCCUUACAAGAAUUGAAUCGUUUAUGUGAUGAUGCUCGGCGACAAUUUGCCAAUAUUGAACACAUAGCAAUUUGCCAUCGCUUAGGCGACGUGUCAAUUAGUGAUAUAUCCGUUGCUAUUUACGUUUCGGGCCCUCAUCGGCGUGAUGUAUUGGAUGCCGUUUCCUUUCUCAUCGAACAGCUCAAAACAAAUGUUCCCAUAUGGAAAAAAGAAAUCUACGAAGAUUAUGAAGACAACAGCAAUAACAACAUGUCAACAUCUUCUUAUUGUUGGAAAGAAAAUAAAUAA